CACCCACCCACUCAUCCAUCCAUCCACCCACCCACUCAUCCAUCCAUCCACCCACCCACUCAUCCAUCCAUCCACCCACCCACUCAUCCAUCCAUCCAUCCAUCCAUCCAUCCAUCCAUCCACCCACCCAUCCAUCCACUCAUCUAUCUGCUCUUUCAUCCAUCCAUCCACCUACUCAUCCAUCCAUCCAUCCAUCUACCCACCCACCCACUCAUCCAUCCAUCCAUCCAUCCAUCCACCCACCCAUCCAUCCACUCAUCUAUCCAUUCAUUCAUCCAUCCAUCCAUCCACCCACCACCCACUCAUCCAUCCAUCCACCCACCCACUCAUCCAUCCAUCCACCCACCCAUCCAUCCACUCAUCUAUCUGCUCAUUCAUCCAUCCAUCCACCUACGCAUCCAUCCAUCCAUCCAUCCAUCCAUACAUACAUACAUCCACCGAUCCAUCCACUUUUCCAUCCACUCAUCUAUCCCCUCAUCCAUCCAUCCAUCCAUCCAUCCAUCCAUCCACUCAUCUAUCGCUCAUUCAUCCGUCCAUCCACCUACUCAUCCAUCCAUCCAUCCACCCACUCAUCCAUCCAUCCAUCCAUCCAUCCACCCAUCCAUCUCUCCAAAUUCUUCCCUCUCUCCCUGUCUUCUUUCUGGAUUCUGGAGUAGGACUAACUGCAGACUCUACCACCAAACAACUUUUUCUGGGCAAGUUGAUAACUUUUCUGUCUCGCCCCUCCUGCAUCUGGGCAGUGGGGACGCCAGGGCCAGCUUCACUCACAGGGCCACUGUGAGGAUGUAG